AUGUCGACAGCAGCCGAAUCCGACAAAACACUCGACAUAAUCAAAACAAUCGAAAAGAAUAGUAUCGACACCGAUAAUCACACUACCGAAUCCGACAAAACCAUAAGAAAAGUCGAAAAGGAUAAUAUUGACACUGACAAGCACACCGCUGAAUCCGACAAGAUAUUCGCGAUAAGCCUAAACAACACAACCGAAAAGAAUAAUAACAAUGACACAAGUACAGACGCAGACAUUAAUAAUGACAAAGACCACCUCGAUCGUAUUAUUUCGGAAAGAAAUUCAAAACUGACUACUGGAGAUCACGGCGAACUAGAAAACCACGACGCGGAACAUCAGCAGAGUAAAUUCAGGAUUUUGUUUAGUCUGUUGAAAAAGUUUAUUGGUGUAAAAGAUAUCGUGUCAUUACGCAUUUCACUUCCUGCACAACUUAUCGAACCUAUUGGUAAUUUGGAGUACUGGAAUUAUAAUGAUCGGCCUGAUUAUUUUUUAUGUAUUGACGACUCGGAUGAUCCUUUGGAAAGAAUGUUUGCCGCCAUACGUUGGUGGUAUUCAAAAGAUUUAAAGUUUGUGAAAGGAAAACUAAUAAAACCGUAUAAUUCCAUUCUCGGAGAACAAUUCUUGUGUCAUUGGGAAGUCACGUCACCGAAAUUCAAUAAGAACGGAGAAAUCGAUCCAAUCGAACAAGCAACCGGUUCGAGUAACGAGAAAAAAUAUCGCGUAACAUGUUUGAAUGAACAAAUCUCGCAUCAUCCACCAGUAUCUGCGUUUCAUUAUCAUUGUCCUGAAAAGGGUGUUAUCGCAAGAGGAAUUGAUCAUAUCGCUGCAAAGUUCACGGGAACCUGCAAGUCAUCUCAUGAUUUUUUAUAUUCUAAUUUUACCGUUAAAUUUGCUCCUGGUGAUCAGAACAAGGGAGUCUACCUUACACUGGAGAAACGCGACAACGAAGAAUACUCAAUGACACAUCCAACCGCUUUGCUACAAGGAUGGUUAAAAGGUUCUUUGUAUGUUGUUGUGUGUGACUAUUGCAUUAUUGCAUGUCCAAAAACUAAAUUGAAAGCCAUAUUAGAGUAUAAAGAAGAGCGAUGGUUAGGAAAACCAAGAUUUGCUAUCGAAGGUAAAAUAUUUAAAUACGAUCCAGAAAACGACGACAUAAUAAAGUUGAAAAAUGUCAACGAGGCAGAUGUGGUUGCUGAAUUGAUUGGUAGCUGGCGUGGACAAAUAAAAGUCACCCGUGUUGACACAAACCAACAAAAAUUACUAUUAGACAUGGACCCAAUAGAUCCGAUUCCAAAAAAAGUAAAACCACUAUCAAAACAAGGUCCACUAGAAUCACGUAAAGUAUGGCAACCAGUCACCACCGCACUCCUAAAAAGAGACUACUCACUCGCCACCAAAGAAAAACAAAGUAUCGAAGAACGACAACGGCAAAUCGCUGCCGAGUUGAAAGCGAAAAAGGAAGAACAUGUGCCUGUGUAUUUCCAUGUGCCGGUUGUCGCUGGGAAACCUGAAUUGAAGGAGGCUGCGUUGGAGCUUUUGAAGGCAGAGAUUACGAGAAAUUCUUGA